CUCCGCUCGUGGCAGGCGACGGCCGCUGCCUUGGACGCCCGGCAUCUGGUCUACCCGAUCUUCGUCUCGGACAGCCGCGAUGCCAUGGAGCCGAUACCCAGCCUGCCUGGCCAAGCUCGGUGUGGUGUCCAUAGGCUGGAGGAACUUCUGCACCCCCUAGUGGCCAAGGGGCUGAAGUGCGUGCUCAUCUUUGGUGUCCCAAGCAAUGCCAUUAAGGACGAGCGUGGCUCUGCAGCUGAUGCUGAGGACACACCUGUGGUCCUGGCCGUACGGAUGCUGCGCGCAUUAUUCCCUGGCCUGCUGAUUGCGUGUGACGUCUGCCUGUGCCCUUACACCUCCCACGGGCAUUGCGGCAUCCUUCGGCAAGAUGGUACCGUCCAGAACGAAGCCAGCUGCCAGAGGCUGGCCGAGGUGGCCCUCGCCUACGCCAAGGCGGGAUGCCACAUUGUGGCCCCCUCAGAUAUGAUGGAUGGGCGCAUCUGUGCGAUAAAGGAGGCCUUGCUUGCCAAUGACAUGGGCAAUAAGGUCUCUGUCAUGAGCUACAGCGCGAAGUUU